AUGCCGCCUCCACGUGGAAGAACCCAAAAGGCUCCAAUUGUAGACAUCAGCGACUCGUCAAGCCAAGCAUCCGAGGAUAACGUUCCCCCGACAGAGCCUAAUCUAAAGAAGAAUCGCGUCAUCCUACACUACGCUGCCGAGAAUCCAGACAAGCCAGACGCGAAAAUGAACGGCCCGUAUGGCAUGUUCUCACAAUGCAGCCCGCUUUCUCUACCCGUGCCAGCGAAGACGCUAGCUAAGCGUAAGAGGGCGACUAAGUACAAGGAAGUAUCUGGCAACAGCAAGAGAAAGACCGCAGCUGAGACAUUGGCUGAUAAUAAGAUAUCAGAGAAGAAUGAGAUAUCAAGGAAAGAGAGGGAGGAGAGUCCACUGUUCGAGCCAACGAAUGGCUGGCAGGAAGACGGAGAUGCCGAUGUCGAGAUGCUGAGUCCACCAUCAACACCAGCGUCUAGCGCUCGCACGCAAAGCCUUAAAGGGACCGAGCGUAUUACUGCAACCACCCGUGGCAAUCAUAGUAAGAGGUCGAUCGUCGUUGGGAGCGGAUCAGAGUGCUCUGAUUCUGAUUCCGACUCUGACACCGGUUCUAAUAUCGUUGUAUCAAUACAGUCCAACUCCACCCCUAAGAUAUCACAAAAUCUCCUUAUCACCUCGCCCUUACCCGGAGACAUCUCGGUUAUCGACGAGUACCUUGAUAUACUCAACAAACUAGCCUCUGAAGCUGCCGCGAUCUCCGCACACAAGCGAAUCAUCGUCGACUUCGCCAAGGAAGAGGCCGCCAUCUCGCUCGUCAUUGAAGAUCUUCCCGCCGAAGAAAAGCAGCAUCUCGCCACCAUUGCUCAAGCCUGCGCUAGGAGGAUACAUGCCGACAUGGCGAAUCCGAGCAUAGCUACUGACAUGCUUGCCAUUCAGGCGGCCAUAGAGAAGCGUAACAAAGAAGCUGAAAUAUCACGUCAAAGUAUGCCUGGCAUAAUGGCGAAGAGAGAGGAAGAACUAGAGGCGCGACGACUGGAUGCGUGCUCCAGGAGAGAAGCUGCGUUGUUGGAGUGGAGGACGGGACCCGGAUCCAAUACCGACUCGCUGCUGAAGGUGAAGGAGGAUCUGGAAAGACAGGGUGGUAUGGCGAUGGCGUUUGAGCUUGGUAGGAGAAUGGAGUGA